UUAAAGGCGGUUGUAGUUCUGAUAUAGGCCUACAUGUAUACAUGCGUUCAAGUGGGGAAGUGGGGAAAGUUCAAUAGCUGCGCAAUAUAAUGCAUAAUAUACCACCUAGUCAUCAACUAAUGAAAAUAAGGAUGUAAAAAUAAUGGGGUUACUUGUGAGAUGUGUUAUAGGUGAAUUUGUUUUUUUUUAUUAGUGUUUACAGUUAGUUUCAAGAUUUUCUUAAUGAAUAUCCGAGUAGGAAAACAUUUAUUCCGGGUUUUAGUCCGUUAUUCCAUCCAAGUUUCACUACUAACGUUAAUGUUAUCUUUCCUUGUCGUCUGCUGAGAGAAGAACCCGGCGCGAAUCGUGUCAUCAUGGUCAUUAGUGGAAAAAAUAUGUCUUCAUCACGGAUGAUCAAUAGGAGAAACAUAGCGAUUGUUCUCUUCAUCGUGAUCGGAAUUUAUGGAACGCAAUACAUGUUCAAAAAUUUGUACUUGAAUGAUCAGCUUUAUGAAAGUAUCCGUAUGGCACACGUGUCUCCGGCAUUCGUGCCUUCAUGUGAACUCCCGGGAAAUCUCUUCACAGAAGUAGGCGAGAUCAGAACGCCAAAUCUAACACAAGUCGGGUCUAUUUUCCCCCACAUCAAAACUGAUAAAUGCAUAGGAUCAGUCAAAUGGAAACCUAUCCAGCCCUUUACACAACUGGAACUGACCAGGUUUAACAAGUGCACAGGGAAUCAUGCCGAUCCUAAAAUCGUCAGCGCCGACAGCAUGCGUCGUUUGGAUUAUACUGUCAUCUAUUCAUUUUUCACUUUUCUGAAGAGGAAAUCUGAUGUUGCUAUCGUUGAACUCGGAGGAUACACUGGGAAACUCUUAAAGAAUCUUAUACCAACAACUGGAGCCAAGUACUAUGUGGUGAUAGAGCCAGUUCCCAGCUUCUACAGUACGCUUUCCAAAAAUAUUUUGAUGCUUCGAUUAAAUUCUUCAGUGACAGCGUACAAUUUCGGUCUCGGUAAACAAUACAAGGAAUUAGCUGUCGGUGUUCGAGGGGAUGCAACUGCACUCUUUAAAAAAAGCUUAGGAAAGGAGACCGAGCUUAUCCGCAUAGUGAGCAUUGUGGACUUCUUCAUUCAGUUAGGCCUGGGUUGUCGUUCACUAGACCUCCUGACGAUUAACUGCGAAGGUUGCGAAUUUGAUAUUUUGGAGACAUUAAUCUCUACUAAUCUGAUAGAGAAAUUUGAGUACAUUCAAUUCCAGCCACAUCAUGCUGUUCCCAAUCUAGGAAAUUAUACUUGUCGCUACUGCAGACUACGUCAACUUUUGGCAAGAACACAUGUAGUAGCUUACGAUUAUCCUCAAGUGUGGGAAGCUUGGAAGAGUAAAAAGCUAAUAAAAUGAAGUAGUGGUA